AUGAAGCUAACCUUUAGGACAAUAGCUGGCAAGAGCUUCAGUGUCGAGGCGGAGGAGAGCCUCACCAUCGGGGCCCUUAAAGACAAGGUCCAAGAGGCCCAGCCGGACUGCCACCGUGAUGCCAUGAAGCUUGUAUACAAAGGAAAAGUGCUGGACGACGGAACAACAGUUGGGGAUAACCAGAUUACGGAGCAGGGCUUUAUCGUCGUCUUUGUCCAGCCCAAGAAGGCGGAGGCACCAAAGCCGGCUCCUGCUCCCGCGCCUGCCCCCGCUGCCGCCCCAGCAGCUGCGGCUGCUCCCGCGGCCGCGGCGCCAGCUGCCCAUCCCGCCGACGCCUACACGGCGGCGGCUUCUGGUCUGCUUGCAGGAUCUGCCUUGGAAACGGCUAUUGCUAACAUCUGCGAAAUGGGCUUUGCCCGAGAGGAGGUUAUUCGGGCGAUGCGGGCCGCCUUCAACAAUCCAGAUCGGGCCGUCGAGUACCUCAUGACGGGCAUUCCGGCGAAUGCCGGACCGCCCCCUCCGGCCGCGCAACCACCCCAGGCUGCCCCGCGCCCUGCUGCUGCGGUAGGCGCGCCGCCAGCCGCGCAGGCCGCGACAGCUGCACCCGGUGCUGCUCCCGCUGCGGACGCGGGACCAACUGCGCUGCCUUUCAAUAUGUUUGGCGGACCGGCCCCGGCGGCUGCGGGCGGCGGCGAGGGCAACCUUAACCCGGCGCUGGCGGCCCUGCGGGACAACCCCGCCUUUGCAAUGCUGCGCACCGCUGUGGCUCAAGAACCGCGGUCGCUCGUGCCGAUGCUUCAGCAAUUGGGUCGCUCGAACCCGGAGCUGGUGCAGGUCAUCAACCAGAACCAGCAGGAGUUCCUGCGGAUGCUCACUGAGCCCGUUGAAGGCGAUGAGGACGAUGCCAUGGCUGCGCUUCUGGGCGGCGGCGAGGGUGGCGAGGGCGGCAUGGUUGUCGAGCUGACCGAGGACGACGAGGCAGCCAUUACCCGCCUGGCCGCUCUGGGUUUCGACCGCAACGCUUGCCUGGAGGCAUACCUGGCUUGUGACAAGAAUGAGGAGAUGGCGGCCAACUUCCUGGCUGAGAACAUGUUCGAUUAAAAGCCUGGAGCGGAUGCGGCUUCGGAUCCAGAUGCCGGGUACAUAAUAUGCCUGUUGGGAAAUCUCGGAUGUUCGGCCUGGUAGGAGUAUGUGUCCGUGACGGGACAGCCGAUGCAUCCAAGUUCGUGGCUGUGACGAAGAUGAGAUGAUGUUGCAUGACGCGGGGCAAAAUUGCGGAUGGGAGUGGGGUUUGGGUAGCAGUGGAGUUCUCGGAUGAGGGGAAGAAGGGUCCAAGGGCCAGGUGGAGGAAACACACUGCUUGGACGUGUACGCCUGCUUGGGGUUACGUACAGUCCAGGUUCUUGCGUGGUCGCUUGCCUGCGUUACAUAAGAGAGUUCCUGUUUGGGCGUUACGAUACAUGAGGAUAUGGGCAGGUCUUCGGUGGAUUAGGAUAAUAAUGGAUAGGACUAUGGCGCUUAGGCUAGGCAAGCUGGCAAGUUCUCAAACUUGGAAGCAUUUACCUAGCUUAAUUAACAAGUUCUUUUUCAAUGGCGCACCCCUCGGAAGUGUGAAGGUGCUGGCGGUACGUUUCCUGUGCGAGGGUCGCCCGGUCUUGUCUGUUCGGGAACAGUGCCGAUUAGGGUUGUGCUAGCAGAGGCCAAAGGUGGGCUAAUAGCGGACAAGGAUUAUUUAAAGGCCCUUCCGAUACCGUGUCUUCCACUUAAAAUAGUGCUGCUGUAACAGGUGACCAAUGCG